AUGGAAGAAGUCUCCUUUUGGGGAUUGGAGCCCGCCGAUGAGCUGGCGAAUGAUCCCUGCCAUGACGCUGAGAAUUUCGCUUGCAAAAUCCUAAAGGUCCGAGAGUCUCCAAACCGAGGUGACAUUCGUGCUCUGUUCAACAUGCUGCCGCACGAGACUCCUCCACGCGGGGAUGGAGCUGGUGCCACUUUCUCCUGUGGGAUGUAUGCACAGGGUUCCCUGCGAGGCCUCAGAGUUGGGAGCCGUAAGUUCCCCCACUCCUGCCAGGUCCUGACUGCCAUGGUUCGGAAGUGCGCGCCUUCGCAUUCGUUCACCAGCUUGAAUCUUUUCUUCAAUGUCAAAACGGCCUUGCACAUUGAUGUCAACAACGAGCAGCUGCCAAACAUAAUCAUUGGCAUCAGUGAUUUCCGAGGCGGACAGGUGCUUGGCGAAAAUCCCAGGGGGUCUCACGUCAUAUCAACGGCAUCUGGAGAUGCUCGUGCGGACCUUCUUGAAGUUGCAGGUACCUAUGCCGUGUUUGAUGCCUACCGGUUAAGGCAUGAGACCGUUGACUGGAUCGGUGAUAG